CUUGUUUCUCUCUAAAUGUUCGUCCCACGGAAAAAAAUAUUUUGGUUUCUCCCUUGAUUUGAGCUCAGUAGCUCACUUAAUAUUUUAAUAUUAUGUUUUUCAUUCAUCUUCUCUUUACUCCCUUAUUGCAUGAUGGUCCCCCCUAUUUGAAAAAACAAUAAACAAUACUCAAAACCUUUUUUUUUUUUCUCUAUAACUUACACUUAACAAAAUCAUGUGUCUAGGAGAAGUAGGAUUUCUUUGUGAGAUAGAGGGAGUAAUUUAUAGCUUACUUCGUUUAUCAAAAAUUGUAAUGUGAAAUGAAUUUCUACCUAAAAAGAAAAAAAUGGGCUUUAGGGUAAAGAAUGAUGGGCAGAUUAGGCCACAUACCUCAUAUUGUGAAUAAUGGGCCUCGGCCCAAAUUUAUGAAGCCCCAUUAUUUUUCCAAACUCCGUUGUUGCUUAUCAAGAAAAAUCAUGCCAAAGUGUUGUCUUCGCCGUGACAACCUCCAGCAACAGUCAAAUCAGAGGUUUAUCAUGCUGAUUUCUGGGCUCUUUUUUGUUUUAGGUUGAUUAAAAGUACAUCCUAAGUUAAGUUGGAUGGGUUCAGUGGAAGUGUAGUGUGAUUAUUGUUAUUGAAGACAUGAAACUGUCACUUAUUCUAAAUUUUUUGCUGCUUUUCAAUCUUAUUGAUUUGUGUUGUUUCUUUCUUUUCAAUCUUGUGAUCUGUUGGAGGAUUUAAGUCGGGGUUGUGUAUCUUCCGGUAGUCUCAAUGUCACCAGAUAGGGGAAAAUGGAAUUAGCAAGUUUAAGAGACGCCCUAGUGCAGGAUCGUGCAAGGUUCCCUUUUUACAUCCAGAAUAUAGGCAUAAAUUGGUUUUAGACGGGAAUGGAAUUGGGUCGGCCUAUAUUUUUGAUGAUGUAAAUUCAGAGGUUGGAUUUAUUAUUGAGAAUUUGUUGUUUUCGGAUACUGUCUGUAUGCCUCUCUCCCAAGUCUGUACAUUAUUGAACAAGUGUUUGACAGUGAACCAAACAAAGCAAAUCCAUGCUCAACUUAUUGUCAACAGUCUUUGUGAUCUUGAGAAUGAACUGGUUUGCCGACUAGCUACAUCUCUCCUCAACUUUACUCCAGCUAUUGUUCGUUAUGUCCAAACCAUCCUCCACCAGCUGCCACAUCCCGAUUGCUUUUCUUGGUCUUGCGUUAUACGUUCUUUGGCUCAACAUGGGCAAUUCAAAGAGGCAUUCUUCCUUCAUGUUCAAAUGCAAAAAUUGGGAUUGCGUCCUAGUACAUAUUCAACUUCAUCUUCUUUGAGAUCAUGUGCUCGAAUUCCUUAUAAGGUUGGAGGCGUAUGCAUUCAUGCACAGGUUCACAAAUAUGAAAUCCUUCAGAGUGUCUAUGCGCAAACAGCUCUUCUGGACUUUUAUGCUAAACUGGGUGAUAUGAAGGCAGCCAAGAAGGUCUUUGAUGAGAUAGACCAGAAGAAUGUGGUUUCUUGGAAUUCGCUGUUAGCAGGGUAUUUGAAAUAUGACCUGUCGAUGGCAGAACAGUUGUUUGACAAAAUGCCUCUCAAAGAUAUUGUUUCUUGGAACUCAAUGCUUUCAGGCUAUGCGAGGGCAGGGAAUAUGGAUAAGGCAUCUCUCUUAUUCCAGCAGAUGCUUGAUAGAAAUUUAGCCUCCUGGAAUGCAAUGAUAAGUGGGUAUGUGGAAUGUGGGAAUAUGGAUAUGGCACGGAAGUUUUUUGAUGAUAUGCCUCGAAGAAACAAUAUUUCUUGGAUAAGUAUCAUUUCUGGUUACUCAAAAUGCGGGGAUGUUGAUGCUGCUCAGGACCUUUUUAACCAUAUGCCAAAUAAAGAUGUGCUUUCUUUCAAUUCCAUGAUUGCUUGCUAUGCUCAGAAUAGCCGACCAAAGGAAGCAAUCCAUUUGUUCAAUGACAUCCUAGAGAGAAAGUUGAUUGAUCAACCUGACAAGAUGACUUUGGCUAGUGUUAUAUCCGCUUGUUCACAGUUAGGGGAUUUGAAUUAUGGUUCUUGGAUAGAGUCAUAUAUGAGAAGACUCGGCAUUGAAGUGGAUGAUCAUCUGGCUACAGCACUAGUAGACUUGUAUGCCAAGUGCGGAAGUAUUGACAAAGCUUAUGAGUUAUUCCAUGGCCUUGCUAAGAAAGACCUAGUUGCUUAUACUGCUAUGAUAGUAGGAUGUGGGAUAAAUGGCAAGUCUCAUGAUGCUAUUAGAUUAUUUGAAGAGAUGUUAAAUGUCAAUAUUUCACCAAAUUCAGUCACGUUUACAGGGAUUUUGACUGCUUAUAACCACGCUGGUCUCAUUGAAGAAGGCUAUCAGUGCUUUAAUUUGAUGAGUAAGUUCGGGGUGAUGCCUUCGGCUGAUCAUUAUGGAAUCAUGGUUGACCUCCUGGGAAGGGCUGGAAGGUUAAAAGAAGCAUAUGAACUAAUCAAGAGCAUGCCAAUUCCACCUCAUUCUGGAGUUUGGGGGGCCUUACUUCUUGCUUGCAGAUUACACAACAAUGUUGAGCUUGCAGAGAUUGCAGCACAACACUGCUUCAAUUUAGAAUCCGAUAAAGCUGGCUAUACCUCGCUUCUUGCCAAUGUUUAUGCAUUGAAUGAUCGGUGGGAUGAUGUUAAUAAAAUGAAGAAGAAUUUGAAGCGUAUAGGGUCAGCAAGGAUUCCUGGUUCUAGUUGGCUAUAAAUUAGCAUCCUCCUUCAAAGUAUGAAAUUGUUAAUUUGCAAUGAGGAACAUUCUUAUGCAGAUUUUUGUGACAGUGGAGUAUUCUUCAGGUAUGUAACAAUUUAAAGCACAUCUUGAGGCUUGAUUAUAGUAACCCUAACAUAAUGUGUUACUUAAUACUGUACUGUUAUUUCAUGACACCAUAUUGAGUACUGUUGACCCCCCA